AUGAUCCUAAAGUUUGUUGUGCUGCUCAUUUGCCUUGGAGCAGGAUUGCUCCAGGCAGAACCUGUUCGUUUCGAUAAUUAUCGAGUGUAUGAAGUAUCCAUCGGCAGCGAAAAACAACUUGAAGCCUUCCAGUAUAUGGAGCGCUAUCCGGAUGGAUACAUCUUUUGGGAAUCUCCAGUGCAAACAAACAUGAAAAUUAAUUUGGUUGUUCCUCCGCAUAAAGUGGCCGAGUUUGAAGAACUGAAGCAGCAUCUCGAUUUCGAGAGCCGGCUGAAGAUCGCGAACGUGCAGAAGCUUAUUGACGAAGAAAGUCCCCAAAAGUCUAGACGCGCAUUGGGCUGGGAUGCUUAUCCCAGUCUGGAAGAAAUAAACACCUGGAUAGGUGAGAAGGUGGCGGAAUAUCCGACCAUUCUCUCUAUGACAUCGAUUGGUCAGUCAUACGAGGGACGGGAAAUGUUCGCUGUCAAACUGUCCUACAAAACCGGUAAUCCGGGAAUUUUUAUCGAGUCCAACAUACACGCCCGCGAGUGGAUCACCUCGGCUACGACAGAGGGUGGAGCAUCAUCCGUUCCAUGCACGGACACUUACGGUGGACCCGAACCGGGAUCGGAAAUCGAGACCAAAAACAUCAUGAACUACUUCAUUAGCGUCAAGGACAAUAUUCACGCCUAUUUCUCUUUCCACUCGUACGGGCAGUAUAUUCUUUUUCCGUAUGGACACACAGGAGCUGACUAUUCGGAGAACUACUACGAUAUGAUGGAAAUGGGAGAGGCGAGCGCCAUUGCUAUAUACGGAAAAUACGGAACCGCCUAUGAAGUAGGAACAACAGCUGAUGUAUUAUACAUCGCGUCGGGAUCUUCCCCUGAUUGGGCCCACGGUACUCAUGGUACACCCGUUGCCGCUACGUUCGAAUUCCGUGAUAACGGGUACCACGGGUUCAUUCUGCCCCCCGACCAAAUCAUACCAAACGCGAUGGAAGUAAUGGAUGGUUUGAUAGCCUUCCUGCGGAAAGGCAAGGAGAUUGGCUACUUCACGGUGUGAGGUAGCGGGUCGUUUUUUCUUGACACUCAUAUCAGCGAUCGUCGCGCCGUCGAGAUAACGAAGGUCAUGGAUUUGAUUGCGGUGUGAAACAAUGUGAUGCUUAAUAAUAAACAAAACGGAUCGG